CUAGCCUUAAAGGACCUUAGAGGCACAAGCAAACGACUAAUGGAUAAUAAUCUAGAAAUUGAGAUGGCUGAGGAGGCCUCUACGCCUUGCCCUAACAGGCAACUAGAAGAACCGCCUAGUGGCGAGCCUACCCAUACUAGGACAAGGAGUAAUUUUUCUCCAUUUAUUGGAGCAGUGCCAAGAUACCCUACAGUAGGGAAAACACCAAAGGCAACCUCUAUUGAGGAGGCCUUAGAGAUUGCUAGAAACCUAGUAAUCCAAGCAGCUAACCUAGCUAAAAACAACCCUACUAGGCAAACUAGUUUACUAGACCUUAUAGAAGUCUUUAGAGACUUUACAGAGAAUAGCAGAGUAAACAAGAAAAACUCUAUAAUUCUAGGAGACUAAAUCUCCUCUCUAUCUAACGUCUCUAAAGAACUAAGAGAGAAAGUUAGACGCCUUGAAAAACCAAAUACCCCGCCCACCCAACCUCAAGCUUAGCCCCAUAGCUCCUACGCAACAGUAGCAGCUAGUAAUUAAGAACAACCUUGGACAUAUAUCCAAAAAAAACAAACCAAAAACACAUAGAAAAAAACACCCAAAAAGACAACUAAAAAAAGACCACCAGCCUAUCAGAUCGCCAAAUCGUUCUAGUUAGCGAUAUACCUACGGCAUUCGACGCCCUAAAAAUCAGAAACGCC